GCCGUUUCCUUUCUGCAGGUCUCUUUCCGGUCCUGUCAUGGUCGCCAAUUUUGUCAUGGUUUCUCAUGCCCCACAAACAACCAGGAGACGCAGAAGAUUCUUCAAGAAGUAUUAAACUUUAAUUUGCAAAUCAAAUCUGAGACAGUCACUGAGCUAGACACCGAUUACCCACCGAUCCUUGCACAUAGCAUUUUUUAUAGCAAUCUCCUGGUUUAGUUGCAUUAGCAUAUCCAAUUGGUCUAUAGUUGUGUAUCACAAGUACAUCCGCCACUAUUGUUUCUACCCAUUGACUUAAUCAUGCUUUAAUCUACAUCUCUUAGCUACCUGUCAUUAACACCCAUUAUCUUCUACAUUCUUAAGAUUUCAUUCUCCUACUAAAUUGCAAAUAGCAAGCUCAAAGCUGACUACAUAGUUUUGGUUACACAGCAAACAAUGCAAUUCUUAUACUCCCAAUACCUUCUCCAGUCCUUUAUCUCUUUCACCAAUCAACUUCCCAGCUCUACUUCACCAGCUCCCCCUCUCCCAGUUUCGUGCGAGUCACCUAUCACGUAGUACUUCACCUUACCCUCACCCCACCUUCUUACUCUGACUUCUCCACUUUCUUUCCAGUCUUGGUGAAGCGUCUCGGCCUGAAACAUCGACUGGUUGCAGUUUUCCAUAGACGCUACCUGGCCUGCUGAGUUCCUCCAGCAUUUUGUGUGUGUUGCUUGAAAGUUUAAUAUAACUUGUUUAAGUUCUUAGUUCUGAAGUGCGAUUACUUAGUUUGCACGGAAGAUGCUGAACAGAGAUUCGAGCAUUUUCCCCCUUCUUCUUUCGAUCUGCAUUGUUUUUGUUUUAAAAAAAGUUAUCCCACGUAACUUUGUGGCUAAAAACCGGAGUUAGAAUACGUGACGUAGCAGGGGAGUGAGAAGAUUGAGUGUGCGCAGAUAAGGACUACAUUUCCCAGCAUUCAGUUCGGGGUCGUCCGAUGUCGCCAAGUUCGGAAAUGUUUCUCAUCAGGAUGCACUGAGGGAGGAAAGCAACAGUUGGCAGAUGUAGAGAGUUAUUUGAUGCUGCCACUGGGAACUGCAUCGGGGAUCGGUUUGACCUCUGUCGACGAUCGCUUCCCAAGGUAGGGAUACUGGGCCGGAGGAAGAACGGCGGGGCCUGCUCGCUGUGCCCUGGAAGUCAGGCCUUGUCCCGGCAUAACUGCACCCGCCAGUGGCCUGCCUUCUUCCCUGGGCGCAUUCGGAGUUCGAGAUCGGUAAUUCUGGGACUGUCAGCCUCACUAAUCGGGUCCAGCCUGAUCUCCGGUGCUGUCUGAAAAGUUUGCUCCUUCGUGAGUUUUCUCUCUCAUCCCAACUGGUUCCUCUAAAUUGCCCCCGCAUUAAGGAUUCUAAUUGAGAAUGGAGAAACCCCCUUUUAAGCAGGUUCAGACAUGUGGGCCUUGGGAUCUAAAGGAACGUCUUGGAGCAGGAGGCUUUGGACAUGUCUAUAUGUAUGAACAUAAAACAACAGGAGAAAGAAUUGCAGUUAAAGCCUGCCGUUUGGAGUUGAGUGCAAAAAACAAAGAGAGAUGGUGCUAUGAAAUUCAAAUUAUGAAAAAGUUAAGCAAUGCCAAUGUUGUGAAAGCUCGUGAAGUUCCGGAGGAAAUGCAGGAUAUUGCAUGUAAUGAUGUCCCUCUGCUCGUAAUGGAAUUCUGUACAGGAGGUAACUUGCGUAAGUUGUUGAGCAAGCCUGAAAAUUGCUGUGGACUUAAAGAAAGCCAAGUAUUAAGCUUAUUGCAAGAUGUUGGUUCUGGCAUCCAGUAUUUGCAUGACCACAGAAUCAUUCAUAGGGAUUUGAAACCUGAAAAUAUUGUAUUGCAAGAUGAUAAUGGCAAGUUGAUACAUAAAAUAAUUGACUUGGGCUAUGCCAAAGAUCUAGACCAAGGAAGUCUUUGCACAUCUUUCGUGGGGACAUUACAAUAUCUGGCGCCAGAGCUAUUUGAUUCACAAUCUUACACAGUCACUGUAGACUACUGGAGCUUUGGAACACUAGUAUUUGAAUGCAUCUCAGGAUUUCGACCAUUUUUGCAUAACAUGCAACCUUUUCAAUCGCAAGACAAAAUUAAAUACAAGGGCCAAUAUGACAUUAUGGCUGUUGAAGAGAUGAAUGGUGAAGUAAAGUUCUCCACAAAUUUACCACAGCCCAAUGGCCUUAGCAGUUUAAUGGUAAAACCAUUGGAGACGUGGCUGCAAAUGAUGCUGGUUUGGGAUCCAAAACAACGGGGUGGUGGUAUAGAUCCAACCACAAAUAGACCAGCAUGCUUCUUACUUCUGGAUCAGAUUUUAAGUCAGAAGUUUGUUCAUAUAUUAAAUAUGACUUCUGCCCGAGUUCAUUCCUUUUUGAUCAAACCUGAUGAGAGUCUACAUUCUCUUCAAAUGCGCAUUGAAGCUGAAACAGGAAUUGCUGCUGCAAAUCAAGAGUUGCUUGUGGAAACUGGAAUUUCGUUGGAUCCUCGUAAGCCUGCCAAUCAAUGUGUGCCAGAUGUGAGAGGAUGGGACAGAUACAUGGUGUACCUCUUCGAUAAAAGUAGUACCAUCUAUGAAGGGCCCUUUGUCGCUAGAAAAUUGCCAGAGCAUGUUAGUUAUGUUGUGCGUGAUGCUAAGAUAAUGUUGCCCAACGUACAACUGAGGAAGGUGUGGGGUGAAGCAGUGAAUUAUGUCUGCGGUUUGAAGGACGACUACAGCAGAUUAUUCCAGGGCCAGAGAGCUGCAAUGUUGAGUCUGCUUCGUUAUAACAAUAACCUCACAAAAAUGAAAACAACAAUGUUUUCUAAUUCUCAGCAGUUGAAGGCUAGGUUGGAUUUCUUUCAGUCCAGCAUUAAGCUUGAUCUGGAAAAAUACAGCGAGCAGAUGGCAUAUGGGAUAUCUUCUGAAAAAAUGCUGAAAGCUUGGAAGGAAAUGGAAGAGAAGGCUGAGGCUUGUAAACAGGCUGCUGAAAUUGGUCACUUGGAAGAACAAAUCAUGAGUCUGCACAGUGAAAUAGUGGAACUGCAGAGGAGCCCAUAUGCGAGACGACAGGGAGACGUCAUGGAAAACCUUGAACAGAAAGCCAUUGAUUUAUACAGGAAGCUCAAGGGAAAACCAAAAGACUCACAUCAAUAUGGAGACAGUACAGAGAUGGUGAAGAUUAUUGUGCAGACAGUUCAGAAUCAAGAUCGUGUGCUGAAGGAACUGUAUACUCAUCUCAGCAAACUGUUGGCCUGUAAACAGAAGAUCAUUGAUCUUUUUCCAAAGAUCGAACAAGCACUUGACAACAUUAGAGAAAAUGAAAAAAUGUUAUUGAGAUCACAAGAGAAGAGACAGAAAGAAAUAUGGUAUUUGUUAAAAAUUGCAUGUAGCACAGCUCGAGUACCUGAAAAUGCCAGUCCUGAGUCAUCUUGUUCACCUCAUGGUUUAGGAUGGGCACAGCAGGGACAAACUUUAAUACGACAAAAUGCUUUGCCGAACCCACUGUCCUCUAUAUCUGUAUUGAAAAACAGUGAAUCAUCAAUGACUGUAAUUGAAGAAAACCAGAGCUUCUGCAGCCAGCUACACAGUCUGAUGCAGGAAACUCUCUCAGAACAGAAGUACAGCUUAUCGUCUCUUGAUUGGAGUUGGCUUGAAGGGAUGGUAUCAGACAGACCCUGAAAUUCAUAUUUGGUGUGGCGGUUGAUUUCCUGAGCCCUGAUCGCCAGAAGACCAUGAGUCGGUGUGGAUUUGCAGUGGUGAAUGCUAUGAAGAAGAAUCAUAUUUCUGGAGCUGGAAAAUGAAUCCUUGUAUCUCUCAGAAAUCUCUUGGUGUUUUAGUUCCACUGUUUCUAUUCAGCUGAGAUAACACAAGAAUGUGCUGAACUUGCCAGUAUGCUGCUGCUUAAUCACUUUGUCACUGAUUGUUUGCUUUCAAACUGCAGUAACAGUUUAUAAAGUUCUCUUAAAUAUUUUUCUUAGCCUUACAAAAUAUAAUUAAAAACAAUAAGUGAUGGAAAAUUCAUAUACUGUAUGGCCCUGUCAACAGAUGAAAAGAUAAAAAUAUAGAUUUGCAAUUUUUAUACAUUUUAUUAGUCUAUAUUCAGAUGUUUUAAUCAGCUGUUGAUGGACAGGAUUUACAGCUUCUGCUUUUUAAUAUCAUAUUUUAUUUCACUUAUUACAUCACUAUUUAUUCAGUGUCCAGUUUUUUUUUUUCAAGUUUCCUUUUAUGUUUUGUACAAAGUCAAAUAAUAGUUGAGUUUUAGUUCAUUAUUUGGUAUUUUGCGGAAAUGACCGUAUUAAGUCCAUCUUCCCACUAGCUGAGUCGAGGAAUGUUACUGAGGGAAAAAUUCUUGUUAUAGCUGAAUGUAGUAUGUUGGGUUGUAAUGAGGCCAGAGAUCACAGAACCACAUGAUUUAUUUAGUUUAAUCAGUGCAAUGGAUACCAUGCUUUUCAAAAGUCCCUAAUGUGGUCUGAAGUGGGCGCCAAUAUUUAGCGACAUUCUCACUGGUCAUAUUUAUAAUGUGGAUCUGACUAUUGGCUUUUGAUCGAGAUUCCCAAAUGAUUUCUUUUAAGAAAAAAUAACAAAUGAGUUUCCUGUAGCUGCUAUUUUGUCAAAUAAAAUGGUGGGGCUUUCGGUUUCGUCAUUUCACUUUCACCUUUGAAAAGGGAAUGAAACAUCGAAAAAUCCCUAGCUAGAAGCUGCACUCUUUUAAAGGGAACAAUCUGCCUUACCAUCUACCAAAACAUUAAGGUUGCUAGGUGUGGCAGCCUGAACAGUUUGUCAGUUUUUUAAAAACUUCCAUCAAUUUUGUGCUAGGUUUUAAAGCUACUCUAAUUUUAAGAUUUCAUUUAUAGUACUUUAGAAGAUCUGGCUAUCACGAUUUUUAAAUUGAAGUUAAUCCUGCAAUUGUUUUAAUAAUAUCCAAUUGUUUUAAUAACCAUCCAACUUUAAGCUUGCUGUUUUUUUUUUAAAGAUGGGAGAUUUACUCUGAAUAAUAUGAAACAUUUGCCACAUCCUCUUUCCCCAUCUUCCUAUUUUUUAACUGAAAGCGUUGGUCAUUAUUGCUCGUUGUUGGUUUAAAACAGCAAACUAAAAAAAGUAGAACCAUUUUUUUCUCUAUCUUUGCAAAGUAAUCUUGAAUCUAUAGUAGAAGUGAGGCUGGCUUCUGUCCUAAUGCACAUCUUAUUUUGUGCAUUCACUAUCUGAUGCUAUAUCCUACUACUAAAUUAAUGCAAAAAUAACAAAUGCCACAAUGUUUAACAUGAGAGAUUCUGCAGAUGCUGGAAAUCUGGAGUCUCACACAAACACACCACCACCAUCACCACCCCCCACCUGGAGGAACUCAGCAGGCCAGGCAACAUCUAUAGAGAGGAAUAAACAGGACAUAAUAAAGGAUCUUGGCCCAAGAUGUCAACUGUUUAUUCCUCUGCAUAGAUGCUGCCUGAUCUACUGUGUUCCUCUGGCAUUUUAUGUGUGUUACCGUAAUGUUUCCUUUUUUAGUAUUCUAUUCAGUCAGUCAUUAAACCAAGAUAUACUACAUCUAUAUUAAAAAUGAAAGUAUAUAAAAUAAUUUCUAUUUUUAGUUGAUUAGCACAUAUUAAGACUUAUUGAAGAUGAAAACAUAUCUGGUCAUGGGGUGAUUCAGUGUGAACCAUUGAAUGUUCACCUGCAAAUUAUUUAUAACUUUUGUUAUACAGAAGAUUCUAAGAACAGUACAGAAUAUCAUUUUCAUGAAAUAACCUGUUGGAUUACAAAAUACAAAGAUGCCAGCUCGACAGUUAAGUCUUGAAGCCUGAUGCAAGUGGUCCGAUUUCGACUCACCAAGAUUUAUAGGGUUGAUUUUGGAUGAAUUUUUUUUUUUGUUCAGCUGACUUCCUUUCUUAUUUCUGCUCUUCAAGGCUGGAUCUUGAAAUGUGAAAAGCUUAAUUUUUUUUCUUAGUUGCUUUUGCCUUUCUGAUUUUUUUAGGGGUCGAUUUACACUAAAAAUUUGAUUUAAAUGCAGAUUGUGAAUUGAGAUGUAUGUCACUUUUGUUUGCAAUAUCAUUUAUGCACAUGGUGUACAAAGGUUUGAAAAGAAAAAGUUCUUCCAGUAAAUUUAUAGACCAAAUGAUUUUAUAGAAAUUCAUUUGCGUAAAGCUUUUUCUGAUUUUGGAAUCGACUUUAACUAGGGCGAAAUGUGUCUGUGAUAAUUGCUAGAUUGUUACCCAUCACUGGAAAUUAAACCAGGCACUUUCCAGAGUGAAUAACUUUGCAUGUAUGUGUUCCAUUGAAUGGUCCUCUUGAGGAUUACUUAGGGAAACUAGACCAAGUUUUGCGGGGACAGCCACCACUGGGGGGAGGGGUAUCUCAUCGGGCAACUGGAUUUAGUUUGAGGCUCGUCCUUGCUGCAUAUCACUGCCCCAUACACUGCAGUCCUCAGUGCUCCAAUCGGCACAGUUCUGUGACCCCAGACUCUUAACCCUGUAUCCUUUCUUCUUGAGCUUGCCUCCCUCACUGACAUAAUCUUUACUCCUGGGUAGCACGUUUUCUGAUAUAGAAGUGUGUCGUAUUUAAAUGAUUCUGCACGGACUCGAUGGGCCAAAUGGCCUGUUUUGUGCUGUAAUUUUCUAAGACUCUAUUGGAGUUGAGAGGGAAAUGGAUCAGCCAUGACAAAAUGACAGAGCAGACUCAAUGUGCCGAAUGACCUAAUCCCGAUGUCUUACGUCUUAUGCCCUUUCAAAAGUCUUGGGCUUUAUGUGUUCUUGAAAUUUCCAAUGGACAGACAAUCUAAAUAAUGAUAUGUGUAACACUGCUGUAAUCUAAUUGGUGGCUUAGUAUUUCUAGGCCAAUGUGUAUUUACUGAGAUCGCUCAAAAUAACAUGAAAAAUAUUAGAAUGUUAGGUUUAUUUUAAUAUCUUGAUGCUAAUCUAAAUCUUUUAUGAUACACAGAUUUAGCAAAGAGAGAUGUUGCGCUUCAACUAAACACACUGGUAUCCUCCGUAACACAGAUUCUGUUGUCAAAUCUGUAUCUGUUUAAUGUUGUAUGGCAGCUUUGAUUGCACUUUGCACUUUUAAGAUGUCACAUUGUUUCAAUUUUGUUUUAAUUUUGAAAUGUGUUCAAUUUACCUAAAUGGUCAUAUUCAAUGUAGACAUGGUGGAGUGUACUGCCAGACGUGCUUUAAAUAUAUGAUGUUUUUCUCUUGGAUUUGUGAAUCGAGGGAUGUGUUCGUUUUCUGUAGUCCCAUGAGUUUAGAUUUUGUAUUGAAUUAAACUUAAAGCAUUUCUUGAAUGUCGUAACAAAAUGGAAAAAAUGCAUAAAUGCCAGUGAUAAAUGAUUUUAUUUGUAAAUAGACUUUGUACAGAUUUCUUUCAGAUGUAUCAGCCAUAACAACUCAAAAGUUUUGUGUUUUUCUAAUUUUCAGCUAUUAUACACCAUGUUCUGUAGUGCAUUUGUUAAUGAUGUUGUACUGUUGUUUCUCUUUCAAUUACAUUUGUAUUUAUGCACCCAUUAAGUACCAAAACCAAGGAAGACCACAGUUUGUGAUGCUUGUUUGUACCGUUGAACCAGACUUCUGUGGUUGAGAAAGUGGAACUGCCCCAGUGCAAUAGCUUUUCCACUUUCCCACACAGGUUUCCUGCCAUCAUUGAACACAAUGGACAGCCACCAAAUACCAUAAUUUAAGAGGCCCUAUUAAAAGCCCUCAUUUCAACAUUGCGAAUUAUCAUCCCGUCCCAUUCCAAUGUCCUCUUCAUUGACAAAAUCAUUCAUCUUUCUGUUGCUUCAUUAACUCUGACUUUUCUAAAACUUUUUGUUCACCUGCUUUUCACACUUAGCACCAGACUGAAGCCUCUGAGUUUUCUGCAGAAUCGUUCUCUUUACUGUCUGAUCAGGGUGAGAUGCCAGCCCUAAGCUGACUGUAUCCAAUUAUAUCCAAAAAAAUUACUUCUAAGACCUUUUCUUCCUCAAUAAUUAUUACUUCUAAGGGUUCUUCACAAGUCUAUCCUUGACUUCCUCCUAUUUCUCAGCUCCAUCCUCCUUGCCAGAGACAUAAGGGAUCACAGUGUCAUUUUCCCCGUAGGCUGAAGACUCUUGGCUGUAUCUCACCACCACCUCGCUUGACCUUUUCAAUACUGUUAGAUGUUCUUGUCACAUUUACAUUUCCCUUGCCAUCCCCCUAGCAACCAGCUGAGAAUGAAAAUGUAUUUUCAAUCUCACUGCCCCUUUCAGCUCAAUAAGUUCCUGACUACAUAUCUAUGCCAUUGCUGUCAUUUCCCAUCCCCACCUCCACCUUGCCUCAGCCCAUCUGCUGCUGAAGGCCUUAUUCAUGCCUUUAUUACCUUUUGGAGCUGACUAUUCCUGAAGAAUCUUGCACCUUUUAGCUUCUGUAAACAUGAUGUGACCCACAACCUUGCUUCUUUUGGAAUUACCUAUCACUCCUGUAGUUUCUCUCAGUUAAGCAGCAACUAAAUUUCAAAAUUGAUAUCAUUUUCCAAAUUUUCUAAAGGAUAGUAGGUAUUGAAAAGAGGAAACCUUGUCCCUCCUCUCGUUAAUAUCCAUCCUUUGCGCCAACCAAGAUAUCAAUGCUCCUCCAAUUCUGGUCUCUUCCCCCCCCCCCCCCCCCCCCACCACUUUAUCCACUCUGGGUGAGCAACCAAAUCCUUAAACUCUGGAAUACUCUCACAAAUUCUUUCUGCCUCUCCCUCUUCCUGAUUUCUAUUCCCAGGCAUCCCUUAAAACCCAUGUCUUUGACCUUACUCUCUUAAAAUCCCUUAAGUGGUUUUUGUCAAAUUAUGUUUGGUAACAGUCUCAUAAAAUAUCUGGGGGAUGUAACUUCAAUACUGAUACUUUGUAGAUCUGGUUAUGUGCUCUAAUGGAUAUUUCAAAAGAUGCAAGAUAUAAAUUACUGUGGAUUUAUUUUAAACUGACAGAAAAGUAAAACUAGUUAGCAAAUUUAAAUAAAGUUUAAAAAAUAAAAUAGUAUUGUUCCCUUCCUACA